AAAAUGAGCCGACGAGCAAUUCUUCGUCUGCUGCUCGCGCUGCUCGCGUUCCACUCGGCUGCGGAGGCGGCUCACUCGCCCGUCGCCGAGGUUGUGGGAACCGAGCAGUACCUGCUCAUCGCGCAGCAGGACAACUACAGAUUCGCCGAAGCGAACGUAGAAGCGGGACAAUGCCCGCGGGUCAUGGAAUCCCCGAAAAGCGAGCCUAUUCCCUACCGCUUUGUCGGCGUUCACCUGGUCCGAGAUCCGGAUGGCAUCCAUGCGCCGAGGGUGUUGACUGUCACAGAAGACAGUCUCACCUACAAUAUCAAGAUCACGGAUUUGCAUAUGUCGAAUGGCUUCGAGAAGAACUCCGGGAAGCGGGAGGAGAACAUUGGGUCAAGAGAGUCGAUCUACCGCGAAGACGGGGCUCGAGGAAAGGCGAAGAGAAAUCUGGCCCGUUCAAUGUUCGACACGACUCGACACAUGCUUUACCUGGACUUUUCAGCUCCUCCAUUCUACGAUAUCGAGCAAAUUUACUUGCAUGGCAUUUUCAGCGAUCGAUUCGACAAGCUGCACAUCGCAAAGUACACUGGCCACGCUGUGAAUGGACUGUUCGAUUGGGUCGAGGAUCCAUACACCGAUGCAGUUUACUACAAGGAGCGAAUUAAUGGCCACGUGGAGAUGUUCCAAGCAAAAAUCAAAGAUGUCGUGCCGAUUAUCACCGGAAAAAUGGCUGGACGACGAAUCGAAAAUUCCUUGUUGAGCGGCGAACUCCAAGGUGUCUCGAACGGAGUAUUCUACGAGACGAGUGUGAGAGAUGUCAACGAAACGCAUCAGACCCUGUCCUCAACGCUGACAACACUCGAUUCGGAAUGGAGUAUCACUUGUAACGCGGAGACGAUUUACAGUGUUGUUCCGAAGACCAACAAGCUCCUCAUCAUCAGGGCCAACGAUUAUUGCAUGUUGAGAGAUGGAAAGAAUUACAACAAGGAGAGCUGUGAAAACGAGCAGGCAGACUACCUGGCUCGCAAUAAUCCGUCUGAGACCGACAGCAAUGUGAACGCGAUGAUGUGGCUGAUCGUGUUCUGCGUCGUCUUAAUCCUUCUCGUGAUUCUCCAGUGCGUCUACAUCUUUUGGCUCCGAUCGUCCUUUGUCUCGGCUGACGAGGCCUCUCAUCAUCAGGAUCAGGAGACUGAAGCCUCCAUCUUCAUCGCGAAACAGCGCAGCUUCCCAGCGAGUUUCCAUGAGCCAGGACUUUUGGAUGUCUCCGUCGACAAGUGGAAUUAAAUCAUUUUUAUUUGAAUUUAUAGCAUUCUCGUUCUUUUUCAAUCUUUUCUAGCCUUCUAUCCUUCUAGACACUAGACACUGUCAUAUUCUCAUCUCAUAAUUUUUAAUUUUUUACUUUUUUUUUUGUCACAUUUCCUAGCACUUUCUGUUUCUUUUUUUUAUAUAAAAUUAAAUAUUCCGCAUUUUUAUUUGUUUUAAUUAAUGAUCUUUAUCUU